GUGCUGGAGACGGGGUGCGCCGUCAAAGCGCUCUCUGCAUCGGGUUACGCCAUAAUUCAUCCAGGGUCAUUCGGUUUAGCGGGGUAACGGAGAUGAUGGCCACAUCACGGGCGCGCGUGCCUCCGUGCUCCCCAUGACCGACCGGCGGCGGCGGCGGCAGCAGCGUGCGGGUUUGGGUUGGUUUCUGUUUCACACCGGGCUGGCGUGGAUCCGAUCCCACCGUUUGGCGGAGCGUCUGCCAGGCUGAGUCACCACUGGAGUGUUUGAAGGGUGAAAGUGAAGGAGGAGGCUGAGACGUUACAUCACAACGUGACCGAGAAAGUGAGAGGAAGAGUGUGAGAGAACUGAGAGCAGAGCGAGGGAACAGGACCGAACCGCCAGCACUGGACUAACCCUUGAACUCUGACCUCGGAGCCAACAUGAACGACCAGAACGUAGUGAAAGAGGGAUGGGUGCAGAAGAGAGGUGAAUACAUUAAGAACUGGAGACCACGGUACUUCCUGUUAAAGACAGAUGGGUCGUUUAUUGGAUAUAAAGAGAAGCCACAAGAUGCAGAUCUGGCUUAUCCACUCAACAACUUCUCUGUGGCCAAGUGCCAGCUGAUGAAGACGGAGAGACCCAAGCCCAACACCUUCAUCAUCAGGUGUCUGCAGUGGACCACUGUGAUCGAGCGCACCUUUCACGUGGACACGCCUGACGAGAGGGAUGAGUGGGUCGAGGCCAUUCAGAUGGUGGCAGACAAGCUGGCCAAACAGGAAGAGGAGGGAAUCCUGUGUAGCCCCAUCUCUCAGAUCGAAAACGUUAACGAGGAAGAGAUGGACACGUCGACCAGUCAUCACAAACGAAAGACAAUGAAUGACUUUGACUAUCUGAAGCUGCUGGGUAAAGGCACAUUUGGGAAGGUGAUUCUGGUGCGAGAGAAAGCCAGCGGCACAUAUUAUGCAAUGAAGAUCCUGAAAAAGGAGGUUAUUGUUGCCAAGGAUGAAGUUGCUCACACGCUCACUGAGAGCAGAGUUCUGAAGAACACUAGGCAUCCGUUUCUAACUUCACUGAAGUACUCGUUUCAGACGAAGGAUCGUUUAUGUUUUGUUAUGGAGUAUGUGAAUGGAGGAGAGCUGUUUUUUCAUUUGUCGAGAGAGCGCGUAUUUUCGGAGGACAGAACCCGUUUCUACGGCGCUGAGAUCGUUUCUGCGUUGGAUUACUUGCACUCUGCGAAAAUAGUUUACCGUGACCUGAAGCUGGAAAACCUGAUGUUGGAUAAGGACGGUCACAUAAAAAUCACUGAUUUUGGCCUGUGUAAGGAGGGCAUCACAGACACGGCCACCAUGAAAACGUUCUGCGGGACGCCCGAGUAUCUGGCCCCUGAGGUGUUGGAGGACAAUGAUUAUGGGAGAGCGGUGGACUGGUGGGGUCUGGGAGUCGUUAUGUAUGAGAUGAUGUGUGGACGCCUUCCUUUUUAUAAUCAGGACCAUGAGAAGCUGUUUGAACUGAUUCUGAUGGAGGAGAUCAAGUUUCCCAGAACCCUCUCUGCAGACGCCAAGUCUUUACUGUCUGGAUUACUCAUCAAAGACCCCAACAAGAGGCUCGGAGGAGGCCCGGACGAUGCAAAGGAAAUCAUGGGACACAGCUUCUUCGCUAUGCUGGACUGGCAGGACGUCUAUGACAAAAAGCUGGUACCACCGUUCAUGCCGCAGGUCUCGUCUGAGACGGACACCAGGUAUUUCGAUGAGGAGUUCACGGCGCAGACCAUCACCAUCACCCCUCCAGAGAAGUACGACGAGGACGGGAUGGACUCGGCCGAUAGCGAACGCAGACCACAUUUCCCACAAUUCUCAUAUUCGGCCAGCGGGCGGGAGUGAUGUCAUCGAAUAACGGCCUUUAAGAGCCUCGUGUAGUCAUGCUAGAAAGAGCCCCCCGCCCCCUCCGUUUAAUUACCGAUAGUCAUAGCAAGUUGUUUUUUUGUUACUUUCUCUCCAUUUUUUUGAGGGACUUCAAAGGGGUUUUGCACAGUUGGGUGAGACUUGAGCUGGUCGACCCACAUUAAAAAGUCUUGUACACUUUCAGCUUGUUGUUUACAGAUCAUGGACAGUGUUUUUUGGGAGGAGGGGGUAUGAUUGAACAGUAUUGGUGAAGACCUGGAGCGUUUUUUUUUUUUUUGGUUUUUGUUGAGCACUCCUUUAACAGAGCCGUUGUGGGGAACAAACCAAAAAUGUUGCCUUAUGUGUGUGGAUCUCAUCAGACAGACCUGUUCCUGUGGGGCUCACGAA